AUGCUUCGAAAAUUAAUAGUGAAGUACUUACGCUCCCAGCCCCAAGUCCCGCCGUCGCCUCAGCCGACGCGACCGACCAGCGCCUUCCCGAAGCUGGAGGAGCCGGAGCGAAGCGAAACGCCUCCGGAGUUCGUUGCCCUGAUCGGGGGGCCGAGUCGGCCUCCCAGGCCGACGGCGGAGGUCCAGGCCAUCGUCCACGCCCAGCCGCUGGGCCAGGUCGUGCUGGACAAGCGGAUCAACCUCAGCGACGACGCCAAGCUCCAGGACCAGGAAAAGGGGGCCGGGAACAGGGAAGAGGACUCGGGACAAGAGGAUUUAGAGGACAAAGAGGAGGAUUUAGAGGACAAGGAGGAAGAUUUGGAGAAAAAGGACGAGGAUUUGCAGGGAAAAAAAGAGGAUCUGCAAGAAAAGGACGAGGAUUUGCAAGAAAAGAAUGAUGAUUUGCAGGAAAAGGACAAGGGUUUGCAAGAAAAGGAUGAGGAUCUGCAGGAAAAGGACGAGGGUUUACAAGAAAAGAAUGAGGAUCCGCAGGAAAAGGACGAAGAGAACAAGAAAGAGGAAUUGCAAGAAAAGGACGAGGAUCCGGAAGACGAAGAAGAGGACCCGGAGGAGUUGGAGGACCUAGAGGACAUCCGCAAGGAACUGCUAGUCGUCCGCCGGCAGUCCCUCACCUAUCUGAGCGACAUCCGUGCCUUUCAGAACCAACACGCCACCCACACUUCCUGA